AGGAAAGGGAAAGACACCUCCUCCCUACUCCCUGUGUGUGCGCCAGUAUCAACGAACACUUCCGAUGUCUACCGACUGUAGGUCUGUAUCGUGACGUCACAUAAUUAGAGUAAAUACAAAGUAGACUAUGAUGGUGUCAGCGUGUUUUUCUUGUGAAGUUUUCUGUGAUGAAUUGUAAAUAAAAAUGGAUAAUAAUGUGGUUCAGUUUAUAGGCGCUUCAUGCGGACAGCAUGGGCCGUAUACCUUCUACAAAGCUUUCAAAUAUAAAAAGAACGGUGUAAAUAGAAUAGUGACUUUGGGUGAAUUUUUUUUUGUGAAACUGUGGAUCGACUCUGACUUAUUGUGCAUAGGGGAAUUGCAGUUGUUAUGGAUUGAUAAGAACAGUGAACAAGUUUUGGCCAGCCUGAGACUGUAUUUUUUGCCCGAAAAUACACCAGAGGGUCGAAUGGACCACGGAGAGGAUGAAGUACUGGCCAUAGCAGAGAAGGUGGUGCUCAGAGUGGAAGAUUUGGUCACGUGGAUAACGGUGGACGCUGAAUGGACGUGGGGGAGGUUAGGAAGAUGCGGCAAACAAGUGAAAGAACCACCUGACGGAGAAAACGAGGAAGUGGGCCCUGUAUCUCUUUCAGAGAGCUCCCUUGACUUCACAGAUGUAGAUAAAGAAAAACUCGUCUUAGAAAACGAAGAGGGGGACUUUGGCCCCUCCGUGGUGAUCCUCAGCUACCCCAAGUACUGCCGCUACAGGGCUAUGAUGAGACGACUGGAGGGUGUGGAGGACGAGUACCUCAAGCACACGAUAGUCAAGGCUCUCGGGGGCUUCUCUUGUUGCGGCAAAAACACCAGGGUGAUGUUUUGCAGGGACACGUUCGAGUACCCGGACCUGGAGGGUCACGAGUUGCUGUGCAACCACCUCGCGCCCAAGCUGAAGGGCCGCCCCAGGGGCAAGCGGAAAAAGAGGAGCGUCUCCCCCGGAUCCGAGAGCAACGAGUCGGAGUGCUCUGUGAUCACGACCUUCACCGCCAAGUCGAAAGCGUCUACGUGUCCGAGCAACGCCAAAAACGGUUUUUGCUUGGAGAGUUCCGCGCCUAGAAGAAGUACAAGAUCCUCGGAUAACAGCGACACGAAAGAGUUCCUGAAAAAACUCACUUCCUUCAUGAAGCUGAAGAGGACACCGCUCGGUAGAACGCCCUGUUUGGGAUCGAAAGAAAUUGAUCUCCACGAUUUUUACACUAAAGUACAAAAAAUGGGCGGGUACGACCUGGUAACAUCCAAUCGCCAAUGGAAGAACGUUUCUGACGACAUGAGCGGUCAGCAGAAUUCCGGAACAGCUACUGUCGUCAAAAGACACUACGAAAGGUUCUUGUUACCGUACGAACGUCACGUCAGGGGCGAAGAAUACAAACCUCUACCCGUGUCCGAAAGACGAAGACUGAAGUCUAAAUCCGCCAAUAACGCCACAAGAUCUGAAACAGAUUCCCCACCUUCAGCCUCCGUAGAAAAACCGCCGAAACCGCCAAGCCCGCAAGAUUCAAAGGAAACCAACGGAAACGUCAAACAGGAACCCAAAGUUUCGUCGCUGAGGAGCGUGAGGGUCAAGCCGGAACGACAGAAGGACAAAUUCGCCAAAGUUGUCAAAAUGGAGGAGAUAACGACCGAUAAGGACGGUCUGGAGAACAUCAAGGUCGAGAACGGAUCCGCCAUCGAGGUGACUAGAGUGACCAAAGAGGAGGAUAAAAGGGACGAAAACGAAGCGUCGGUUAAAAUUGAAGAAGCUACCGAAGAAAAACCUCCAACUGUAUCAAUAAUAAAAAGGGAAGUUUCGCCUUUCGUUGAAAACCAGGAGGGCGAAAUCGAGGAUGGUAAAAAAGGGUUGCUGGUGCUCAACGUACCCUGCAAUCCUUCGGAUGAAAACGAUCAGAAGGUACCCAGUCUCGAGAAUAUAAAACAGGAGUUGACGGAGAAGAAUUCGUUGAACACAACUUUCAUCGAUGAAUUAAGAAAGGAAAAGUUGGAUAUAUUGAAAGAGGGCGGUUUGGAGGUUACUCCAGUUUGUUCCCUUGUUCCUAAAGACGAUACGAAAGAUUUGUUCACCCCGAAGAAAGAGACUCCUUCACCGGUGGAACGUCUACCCAUCAACAUACCCCAGUCGUUGAACAUCAGCAAGGUGACGAUACAACAAGGAACGAACAACAAAUCUGUCACCAUUUUUCCAUAUCCGGAGAAGACUGAUUCGACGACACCACCCAAAGUGGUCCAGUCCAGAUCCAUUUACUCCUACUCCGAAAAAACUGUUUACGGGAACCCUAAAGACUGCCUAGUGAAUAGUUACACUGUACAUACGCCCAAAGCUCCUGUGAACCUGAUGAAACCGACCGGUGGGGACCUCCUGGAUUUAACCGUGGCCAGUCCGCAGAAACCCAUGUUCGACACCAGGGUUCCUAGUGUACCUUCCACAGCCACCUCCUCGUUCAACUUUAACACCCCCCGGAAAGUGGUGAAAGCCGCCAAUUUACCGAUUUUCGAGGGUAGGAAGUUGGGGUCCAACCUGGAGAUCACACUGGUGGACUCCAAGCAAAAAGUCCAGGUUUCGAGGGAACCGGAGACAACCAGACUGAGAAAAAACGAUUAUUCCUUGUAUAAAGUUCCGAACAAACCUACCAGCACCGAGAACAAAGUGAGAAAGGGGGAGGAGAAUGGGGAUCACGUUAAACCCUCCACAUCGAGCAACAACAACAACCGGGGUAAGAGGCAUAGGGAGGAGACCGAGACCAACCAGAUGGUUAACAAACGUCCCAAUAAUAAUAAUACUCAGGGUAAGACUGUGGCGGAGGCUGCUUCGAACCCCAAGUAUUUCCCCCAAGGCGUCCAGUUCCCCCACUAUUUAUCCCAGUUUUACGAGGGUAACAAGGGGGUUUCUCCAUACUUCCCCAUGAUCGAUCCCCUGUUGUAUUCGGCCGCUUUACAAAGUUUGUACCCCCAAACCUCCUCCCCCCUUCUUCAGUUCACGUCGCAGGAACAGUUGAAAUUGUACACCGAACUGAUGGCCCAACAGUCGAGGGUCUCAUUCCCCUUCCGGCUACCCACAGAUGAAGAAUUUCCGAACAAUAACAAGAAGUAAUGGGAAUCAAUUUAGUAUCUUCGAAGUGUUGUUUUCCUUCUUUCUUUUUGAGUAAAAGUGAAACUUUUUAUCUUAGACGAGUUAAAUCAAAGAGGUUUAUCUUGGAUGUGAUAAUUUCGUUGUUGAAUCGGGACUAUCCAAAUUCUAAACAAGUUCAAGACAAACUCCUUGUAAUAAAAAUCCCCCCUGCCCCUAAAAGUUUAAAAUAAUUGUAGAUAAAUGUUUAUUUUCUGUUAUAAGAAGAUCUUUUUAUUUUUUUUCUAUAACACGUGUUUUGGAUAGUAACCUUAUAUUUUUGCACCGUUUUGUCUUUCUGCUAAAUUUGAUGUGAAGCUGUUCUCGAGGGAUCAUAGCACCUGAAUUUUUUGUUUUUUAUUAUUUGUUAAUUCUAUUCGGAUACAGUCUAUCAUGGAAUAAAAUGUGAUAUUUCUGAGAAACGUGUGGGCGCCAUCUCUUGAGACGACUCAAGUUGAAUAUUUUAAUUCCGUUGGAAACAACCGAAAUUUUUUUUUUGUUCAGUCCCAGUGACGAAUUGAGUAGAUCUGAAAUAUUCAAUCAAAAUGUCUGCGUAGAGUACCUGAGGAAAUGUUUAAAGUUCUGAAUCGACUAACAAAACAAUUACGGUACCCCCCAAGGAAAAAGUUGGCUUCACAGUAAAUUCAAAUAUGAUCGAAAUUCCCAAUAAAUCAUUGUUUGACUGCAUAUUGCCUCCUUGUUUGAGUUUUAUAACGUGUUGAAAAACGUUAGGCCAGAAUGAAAUUUUUAUCUGUGAUUGUAUUAUAAUAUACCAAACAUUUGUAACUUGUACAGGAAUUCUAUAUUUUCUUGACAUGGUCAAAUACAUUACGUUCUGUAAAUAAUAUUGUAAAUAUAUACCAAUCACUUUUUUAUUAACAUUAUAUGUUAGUACACUAUGUUAAAUCAUUGCCAUUAUAAAUAAAUGAAUAAUAUUA